GGGGCACACAACACGUGACAGCACAGCGGACGACGCAUGGCGAAAGACGCGAGGAAAGGUGGGGUGGGGCUUGAGGACAUGGCUGCGGAGGUUGUUCACCGCGUUGCGUUUGGCGUGGGCGUCCUUGCUGCGGCUGAUGUGGUGGCCAUGGCAAGGACCUGCCGCCGGCUGCAUGCCAUGCUGCUGGGCUCGUCGUACUCGGCCAGCCGGGCGCAUGCGCUCGUCGGCUUUGAGCGAUGCGCCGAGGCCGGGAUGUGGCAAGGUGCGCGGCUGGCGCUGGAGCUCGAGCUGCGGAGCGAGGCUGAGGCUGAAGGCGACAUCCGGUGGCGGCCGCGGCCGCAUGCAUGGCUCGCUCCGGUCUUUGCGCCCGGCCUUGCCGGGUCGCCAGGCUGGGCCGAUGCGGUGCGGGCGAUGGCAAAGGCUCGGAUUGUAGCACCGGUGAAGGACGGUGCGCGGGUGCGGGUGCGGGUGUGGCCAGAAGAGCGGAUCGAAUGGGACUCGGUUCCGGACAUCGAUGACGAGUACGAGUUCGACGCAAACAACGAGGACGAAGACGACGAUGACGACGAUGACGACGACGACGACGGAAGCAGCAGCAGCUCUGUGCUCGACGGUGGAAGCAAGAUCCGAGAUGAGACGAUUAUCGAGUGGUGCGUGAGACGGAGGCUUGAUGCGAUGGCGGAAGAGCUGGUGGUGGCGCAUGCGGGAGAGCUGGCGCCACGGCGGAGGCUGGCGAUGCUGCGAGAGGCGGCUGGCGCUGGAAUGGCCGGUGUGGUGCGGGGCCUGGUGGCAGCCGGUCUUGUCGACGCCAGCGAGGAGAUGUCCCGGGUGCUGGUUGCGGCUGCCGGUUCCGGACAGGAAGAGGUUGUUGCUGCGCUCCUGACGGUCGAGGGCGUCGAUCCUGCGGCGCGCGGGCAGGGCGCGCUGCGAGCAGCGUGCGAGGCCGGACACGUCACUCUGGUCGAGCUGCUGCUUGCCGACCCACGGGUGGAUCCUAGCCACGAUUCGAGCGAAGCGUUUCUGACGGCGGCGGAUGAGGGACAUGCCGAGGUGGUGGCACUCCUGCUGUGCGACGGGCGCGUCGACGCCGGCAGUCGCGACAACCUCGCGCUGUGCCGGGCAGCCAAGGCCGGUCACACAGCAGUGGUGGAGCUGAUACUCGGCGCGCCCGGCGCCGAGCCUGGUGCCGUCGACAACUACCCGCUGCGAUGGGCGGCCAAGAACGGACACGCCGACAUUGUAGCGCUCCUGCUCGCGACCGGACUCGUGAAUCCGCGGGCACGGCGGAGCGAGGCGCUGAUUGGGGCGGAGGCGGCCGGGCAUGCGCGGGUGGUCGAGCUGCUGCGGGCGGCAAUGUGAAAGGCAGCGGCGCAACGGAGGUGUUUGUUCAAGAUCGUAUGAGCUGGCUCAGCGGCGCGAAGUGCCGCAGGCCGAGCAGACGUCGGCCAGGACAUCGUUGUGGAGGGUGCAAACGAGGCAGGCCCAGUGGCCGUGCGUGGCGGCUGCGAGGUCAGCGCCGUGAGGAACGGCGGGCCCACCGGCCUGGCGGCCGCGCGGAGUGGUGCCGUUGUUGGAUGGUGGCGGGACCAGUUCGAGGUUCUGGGCCCAUUCCGGUGUAGCGUACGGGUGGCCGGGAACCGGCUGGUCCGAGUAUCCAUAGGCUGCCGGCGGCGGCGCACUGCGCUGCGGAGGCAGGUCCGCAGCAGGCGGCGGCGCGCGCUGUGGCACAAGAUCGGUGUCAGGCUUGCGGCGGGCCUUGGCCUUGGCUUUGGACUUGGACUUGGGCUUGGACUUGGGCUUGGACUUGGACUUGGCGUCUGGCUUGGCGACCUCGGAGCGCGACGCGGCGCGCGACUUUGUACGGGCGCGGCGCUCAACCGAGUCGAUGGGCGGGCCACCCGGGUACUUGACCGAUGGGGUUGGAUGCGGAGUGAUGGUGUCGUACGCGUCGGCGUUGGAGGCCUUGUGUGUGGUCUUGUACAUGGGUGCCAUCUUCUUGCGGCAGAGCAAGUAGCGGAGCAGGAGGAGGACGACGGCGACAAUUGCGGUGAUGAGCGAGACAACAGCCGGGAACGUGAGGCCGCCCUUUGACGAGAUGACGACGAGGACCGAGAGACCGCACGUGCUGCUCGCGGUCUCGCACGCGUCCUUGGCAUCGCCCUUGAACACGUUGCCGCACUUGGGCAUCUGGAAGUCGUCUUGCACGUCGAGCACAAAGAUGAGGAUGGAGAGGAUGAGGCCGGCAAGGGCGGCGAGAUAGAUGACGCAUCGCGAAGCCUUCUUCCGCUUGGAGCCCGGCGGGAGCGGCUUGAUGGUGAUGGCCAUGAGCGAGACAAAGGAAAUGAGCAAGGUCACCAGCUUGGCGACAAUGACGUAGACCAGCAUGGAGACGGCCUGAUUGUAAGCAUUGCGCAGGGCGGUUUUUGAGCAGAGCUCCGGCCCAGCACACGGCAAAGCCCAGCUGAGCUGUGGGCAAGCAGCCUCGAGCGAGCGCAUGGCGUCCGAGCCGGCCGAUGCCACACACGUCGAGUUAAACGGCUGGCGGAGCAGA